CUGUGCAUCAAGUGAUAGAAAAAAUCUUACUAGAACAAUUAAUGAUAGAAAGAAGUUCGGCCGAAAGGGAAUUAGAAGAGGACUCUUCCACUACUGUUCCAUUAGUGAAAGAUAAAUUAACCACGCAAGCUAUUCAACAUAAUCCAUAUAAUCCAUACAAAUCAAGGUUAAUUUUUGGUACUCAUUUUGCUACAUGUAAAAACUCUGCAUGUAUAUUUACUCCUAAUGAUAAAGCCCAAAAUAAUGUAAAUGAUCUCAUACUUAGAUUGAAAUUAUUUUCUAGUAAAGGUAACUCUGGUCAGAUUAGUAUUGAAUGGGAAGAUUUGGAUAAUACUUCUAUAUCUUUUGUUAACCCGUUUAGUAAAAAUUGUUCAAACGUUCAACUGUAUCAUGGAUUUCUCAAUGUAGAUGUAGGUUCCAAGAAAGUUACUGAGAAUUCUGUGACCCCUAUAUGGGUUUCUCAAU